CGUUGUGAUGUGACAUUAUGGCGACCCCCAUGUGUAAUUUCAACACUCGUCCACAUGGUGCUGAUAAAAACAACUUUCACCAAUGAUCUUAUUGCCAACAGUCCUACCAGUUGAAGCGGUCAUUAGGAAACUGAAAUUAUGAAUGCUCUGGAGGUAUUCAGAACUUUUGAAAAAGCUGCCGAGUUGGCAAAAGAACCGCACAGCGGGUGCACGUUAGCCAGUGCGCAGCGUCAUAUCGCGCUAUCCCCGCGGUACAUCGGCCGGUUGCGGACGGGGGUUGGGGAGAUCUUAGACGCCGAACUUGGCCGCUUCUCAGAAAGUUUGCAAGGGGUGUUGCUAGCCUACGGUAAUCUGAAGUUGCUUCAGUCUUCAGGAGUCAUAGUGGACGACAGCCCCUUCAUUCACUUUGACGUGAAGUUUGACGCCGUUGUGUUCAACCCGAAGAUUGGCCGCUUGCUCAAGUGUGUUGUGAAUGAGCAGGCCGCAGAUCACGUAGGCUGCCUGGCUCACGACUGGUUCAAUGUUUCCCUGCUUGCCAGCCGGAGAGAACUCAGUGACCAGAAGCUAGAGCCAGGCUAUGUCAUCCUAGUCCAGGUAGAGCGCCUGCGAGCUCUGAAUGGGAUGCUGGCUGUAGAAGGCAGGGCACCAGAUGAUGGGUCUGACUUGAUUGUGGAAGCUCAAAGUCUUCAAAGUCAGGAGACAGACAGUGAGUCAAAUGUAGACUCCAUCCUCCAGCCACCACUCUCAGAUGCCCUGGAUAGCACUGGAACAUCAACCAUAACUCCUGAAAAAGAGGCUAGGAGCAAAAAGAAAAAGAAGAAACACUCAAAGGUGGAAAAGGAAGAUGUAGACUUCUUGGAGACGUCAGUAUCAUACACUCCAGAUGCCAGUGGUGUGUCGGCAGUAACUCCUGAGACAGAGCCUAGGAGUAGAAAGAAGAAACAUGUAAAGGUGAAACAGGAAUCAGAGGUGGACGCCCUGCAGCGGUCAAAGUCAGACCCUCUAGAUUAUUCUGAGACAGCAAGCAUGACUCCUGGAGAGGAGGCUAGAAAUGAAAAGAAAAAGAAGAGGAAACAUGUUGCUUUGAAACAAGAAACUGAUCCUGGCCCAUCGACAGAGACGGCUGAUACACAGACUAGUGGUGUGAAGAAGAAAAAGAAACAUAAAGUGAAGCAAGAAUUGCAAGUAGACUCCUUGAAGUCGCCAUUGUCUCUGGAUAAUCUGCGUUGUGAACAACAGACUGGAGGAGAGACAACCAACUGUAAGAAGCCCAAGCGAACAGAGGUCACUGAGGAAGUUUGUGGCUUAAGCACUCCAGCUGGAGAAGAGGUUAGUCCUGGGAAAAAGAGAGAGAAAAAGAAGCAUGUGAAAAAUGAAGCAGAUUCUCCGGACUCGGAAUUGACAACAAGGGACUCUGGAAGUCACUUUCUAGAAGUAACGACUGAUAAGAAGACUAGUUCAACAAAGAAAAAGAAAGGCAAAGAAAUUGGGACAGAUGUAGCCUCUCACCAGCCACCAUGUAUAGCCAAUGGUCCAGUCGCAGGAGACCUGAUCAAGGAUGAAGAUGUAGUCUCCAAUCUCCAGCCGCUUGUCAAUGAACAGGUUUCUCUAGACGAAAAGUUCACAAAGUUAAAGAAAAGAAAGCACAGAGAUAAGGAAAAUCACACAGCACUAGACUCCUGCCUCCAGCCGCUGUCAUCAGACAUUUCAUCAGUGACUGAACAAGCGGCAUUCAAGAAAGUGAAAAAGCACAAGAAAAAAAUUAAGCAAGAAAACGAUGACUACUAUGCAUGUAGUCAGGACACUCGUUUUGUUAAAAAAGAGCCUGGUAUAGAGUCUAAUGAUGUCAAUGCAAAUGCAGUGACUGCAGAGGCAGAUACCGAGGUCGAAGUUCAGAGAUCUCAUAAAAAGCACAAAGGAAGGGGGCGGAGCCUAACGAUUAUUUGUCUGGUAAAAAGAAAAAGUGCAAAAAGGGGAUUUCAGACUGAUAUUCAGCUGAAAUUGUUUGCUGUUCCUCUCAUUGUGAUGGAAUUGGUCACACGCCUUUGGGUACAUGUGUAACAAAUAUAAUUUGUCUUAAUAGCAGUAAACAGGCCUUUGUCGGACUCUUUCAUAGGUUUUUUCUCAACAGCUGUGUCUGAAGUUAUCUACAGUAUCUUCAUUCUUAGGAACACCGUACAAGGCCGUUAAAGAACAGUUGACAUUCUCAAGAUAUUCGUCUCAUUUCCGAAUCCACACUGAAGUGAAUUUUAGCUACCUUAACACCGGUACUUUCCCCCCAACAUUUUACACCAAAUUUGUCAGCUUUCACAAGUUAGAGUCUUUUGGCGUUAGCUGGGAGCUUUGGUUACCUCCUACUCAAUUUAUGUAAAUGCCAAUAUCAACCAUAUGGUAAUUACUUAAUUAAAUAUUCGUAGCUUGAUUAUUUGUUUCAUUACUGAAUUUUCUUUUUAAAAGCAUCAUAUGAAUUACAAAAGAGUAAGAUGUACAUUGUAUUGGUAAGUAUUUUUUUCAUCAUAAAUGCUUGGUUUAAGAUUUACUGUGAACUAUACUUGCAGACAAUGCAAAAGGGAUAAUUUAAUAAAAUGAAAUUAAAUUGGAA